GAAAGACUACAGGUCACUAUUUCGCGAAAUACAUUAACCUACUUCUCUCCUCCCCCCACAGCGCCGCCCAGCCCUCUGAGGCUCUGAGUCACCGUUACCGGCACGGCGGCACCACUCACCAGCUGCAUCCACUGUCCGCGGCUCACCUCACCGGUCAUCGGCAGCUUUCCGGUACUCUGUCUCCAGUCGCCCAGUUCUUUAAUUGCUCACCAGUCACCUCAAUUCCUCAAGUAACGCGAGGUCGCGAGAGCCCAGCCAGUGAGCCAGAGAAGCCUCCCCGGCCGGCGGCGCCCACCUCAACGCGUUCUCAUCAGGAACUCCGGCAGCCGCCCACCUCACGAGUCAACAUUCACCAUUCGUUCCUGUCCAUUCUUCAAGGACGCAAGUACGCAACUCACGCUCACGCAAGGUUAGCAUUUCAUGUUGGAGCUUGACUAGAGAGUAAGGAACUUCAUUGAUUAAGGGAUAUCUAUACAAUGGAUUUUUCCUCGUUCAAGCUAGAUCUGGAUGAGCUCAUAAACGAGUUUUCCGAGGGAGGGCUUAAAACUUUAGCAGACAUGAAAAGAUUAUGGCUUGAGCGGAAGUUUUCCUACAUAUUUGAGGCUCGGCCUUCUACCAGCUCCAACAUAUUUAUGCAAUUCCUGUACAGUCAUUCUAUAAGUCACAUGAUCUCCACUAAUUCUGUGUCACAAAGAUUGGGAGCCCUCUAUGUCCUCUAUUGUCUCUAUGAGACUCAGCCAUUCAAGCCCCCAUUCAAGAUUUAUCUAUCACUUGGAGAGUUACGAAGACUAAAAGCCCUGGUUGUAAAUGCUAAAGAAAAUGGAAUCAAAAUCGUAUCUGUUUUGAUCAAAAAGAUGCUAGAGAAGAAUGCAUUCUUGUUUGGCUUUGUUAACAUAAAUGAUUACUCUGAGAAAGAGAGGAUAAAGGAGUUGGUAGAUGUGCAGAAUGCCUGUAUAAAGAAGAUGCAUGAAAAAUUGUUGGCGAACACUGAGAUUGAGCGUUACCUUCAUAUGGACAUGGGCAUGGAACUUGAUCUAGAAGUGCUCAGGAAAAUGUCCGAAGAAUAUGAAGGAACUAAAAGUCUUGCUAUCAGAGAGGCAAGUAGGGUAGUGGAUGUCGAAAAUAUGAAGCAUAUUGCAGAAGAUAGGGUGACAAUCGGAGAUGAAGUGGAAAAGAUAAAUGAGGAGUGGAGUAAUCAAAAGGAAAUGUUAUCUCAGCUUUUAGGAACAGACCAACUUCCUGGCAUAACUCCUCAUCCCAAGAGAAGAGAGAGACACGACGAGCUGCUUCCUGCUGAUGAACAGCAGAUUGGAGAUGAAUUGCAACACACAAGUUUCAUGUCGCUUCUUAUGGGCAACGAAUCACCACCCACUAAUGGGAAUCUUCAACAGCCUCCUGGUGAAGAGGACCAAGAUUAUGACCUGGAGUAUGCUAAGGAUCUUGAAUAUCAAUUAUUUGGGGAUAUGUUGUAGUUCAUGUUUUAUAUAUUUAAUAUUUAAUAGUAUUUAAUAUUUGUGCCAAAGCAAGGUUUUAUCAUUGUUUUCAGGGCUGUAGAUAAUGAUUCCAGUACUAAAGAUAUAUUUACAAAUUUCAAUUUUGAUCAA